AUGUCCGAGGCUAAAGCUCCGAGAUUCAGCGACGAGGCGGUGGAGAUCCUGGUGCAGCAGGUGAGGUCCCGCCAGGAAGUCUUCUACCCCUCGGACGGGAGGAGGAUGCCCCGGCAGACCCUCCGCCAGGCCUGGGACGAGGUGGCGCUCAACGUGAACGCCAGGACUGAGAUCGUCAGGACGGGGCUGCAGUGCCGCAAGAAGUUCAACGACCUCACCAGGACAGCAAGGGACAAGCUGGCCCACAAACCAAGGAAGAAGAGCUGCAUUCAAGACCUCACCCAGAUGGAGCAGGAGGCACUGGAGAUCAUGUGGACAGGCAGCAGGCGACGAAUGCAGAGUGACGUCGCUGGAGGACAGUUGGCACAGGGUCUGUACCAUUACUUGGGCUCCGGCAUGCAAGAGAUGGAUGGGGAACACCUGAUGGGAAACGCGUUGUCACCGCCCGCUGCAGCCUUCCAAUUCGCCAGUGGGGGACUCGGCGAUGGACGGGAUGGGCAUUCGACGGGGUACACCCAGGCCGAUUCAUUCGGGGACGGUGCCCAGAAGCCGGACACGGCAGGGAGGACGGUGCCGGGCGCCUGUGACCGGAGGGGCAGCUCCGACUCGAGCAGUGCUGACGGGGGCGAGGACGUGGAGUUCAGUGGGCCAGCCUUCAAGAGGAAGAUCUUCCACGUGCAUCACCAGCUGCUCGAGGCCUUGGACAGCGUGUCCAGAAGCUGCCUCACUCUGUCCGAGAGGAUGGAGGAGUCCGUCGCAGCCCUGGGUGGCCUCCUGCCGCAAGGCCUUGGCACCCUGCAGACCACCGUGGAGCGCGUGGUCAGCUCAGCCAAUGCUGCCGCCACAACCCCCGAGCGCCAGGCAGCAGCACCGGCGUUGGCAUCGUUGAUCGAAGCUCAAACCGGUGCCAUUCAGGCCCUGGCCUGCACCGUCUCCUCCGGUUUGGAAAGGCUGGGGGUGCACGUCGACAGGGGCUUUGGUCGUGUCGCCCAUCUCCUGCAGUCUGCGGUCCCGCAGGCUGGCGCCGCGUCCCGGCCGCCCUGUGGGGGCAGCACUGCGAGGGUGGCAGAUCCUGCCUUCUCGCGGGAAGGCAGCGCACCCAUCCCCUCGGCCGUCCCUCAACCAACAAGUGGCCCGCAGCCAGGGAGAGGACGAGAUCGGCCUGCGGUGACCACAGCGAUGAUAGUGCAGCCCGCAGCCAAGUCCCUUCAAACACGACCUCUGAGAGAUCGCAGGCCAUGAGCAUCUCUUCAAACCUGAGUGAUGACUAUGGACUCCACACUCCUCCCGUUGAAACCACAGGAGCACCUUGCAGAAACACGAGAGUAGCAAAGAGCAUUGACAUCUUGUUCGUAAUGCUGGCUUCUAGCAUUUGUAUAAGCUGUUCAUAUAUUAACCUUUGACAUUCACACUUUGUAACACUGGGUUGAUGUAUUGUAAGAAUUGAGGAAAGACUUGCAUUUCUAUAGCGCCCUUCCUGACCUUAGGAUGUCCCCGAACCCUUAACAGCCAAUGAAUCACUUUCUGAAGUGUAGUCACUGUCAUGAUGGAGGAGAGACAGCAGCCAAUUUGUGCUCGGCAAGCUCCUACAGACAACCAUGUGCAAAUGACAAGAUGAUCGGUUUUAGUGAUGUUGGUUGAGGGAUAAAUUUUGGAAAGGACACUAGGGGAACUUCCCCCUCCCUCCGACCCCGAAGAUGAGGCUGUGUAUGAGUGUGAGAUUAUAAUUAUGACAGUACCCAACAGAGAGAGAUUGCUGAAAGUGAGGGUGUGUGUGUAUCUGUGUGAGUGAGACAAUUCUCCAUCCUCCACUUUGAAUGGGAAAACUGUCAAGUCAUCGCUUGUUUGUCCAGCAAGGUGGAUAAAGGGGAACCUGUAGAUGUGCUCAUGGAUUUCCAAAAGGCAUUUGAUAAAGUGCCAUGUCAAAGGUUACUACACAGGGUAAGAGAACAUGGUAUAGGGGUGACAUAUUAGCAUGGAUAAAGGAUUGGAUAGCUAACAGGAAGCAGAGAGUAGGGCUAAAUGGGUCUUUUUUGGGUUGGCAAGCUGUAACAAGUAGAGUACCAUGGGCCUCAACUAUUAUCUACAUCAGUGACUUGGAUGAAGGGCCUGAAUGUGUGGUAGCUAAGUUAGCUGAUAACACCAAGGUAGGUAGGGAGGUAAGUUGACAAGAGGAGGUAGAGAGUCUACAAAGAGAUAGACACAGGUCAAAUGAGUGGGCAAAAAUUUGGAAAUAGAGUUGUAAAAUGUGAACUUGGCCACUUUGGCAGGAGGAAUAAGAAAGUAGUAUACUACUUAAAUGGAGAGAGAUUGCAGAACUCGGUGGUACAGAGGGAU